AUGGGCAUGCAGGAGAGACAAGGGGGCGGUGCUGCUGUUGAGCGGAUGCACUUGACGGAGAUGAGAGAAGUUCUCCCGAUUGGCAUCCGUUCCGACCUGAGCACCGGGGCCGCCCGGCGGCACCCGCACGGGCCCACCGUGGAGCCAGCCUGCCGCACGGGCUCAUUCACCGUGGAACCCUCACGGGUUCCCGGGGAUGCCCACUGUUGCCCAGAUACACCCAGCUUUCUUUCACACUACUCCGACUUUUCACCACCUCGUCGGCCGCAAUUCUGCCGCCGGUGGCACCGCAGGAUGCUCAAGACUCCGCUCGGUCGUUUCCGAAGCAAGCCGCGAAUGGCCACUCCUCGAGUCCAACCCCUCUCCUUGAGUCCGACGGGUUCGUGUAGACGGGCGGCGCUGGGCUCGGACCGCCGGGCCGUCGGGAGUCACGGUCGCGCGAUGGCGUCGACAUCCAGUGCUGCGAUUUGGCUGGGCGCCCAGCUGGCUCGCCCCGCCGCGAACCCUUCACCUGCUAUCGGUCUCGAACUGCAUGUCCAACUGGCGAGCGAUUCCAAGCUGUUUUCUUCAGCCGAGGGUUUGAUGUCGCUCAACGGCGAACCUUCAGGUUGCGAGAUAAAGAGACUCAGACCGAUAUUAGAUAUCUUCCGGACCCUGAUAUACCUCCGAUCAUUUUCCCAUCGUCUGCAACGCUUGGUACCCGAGCUUCCCCAUGCCAUGAUACAUCGGCUUCAAGAAUCUUAUGGGCUCAGUAAAAUCACAGCCGACAUUUUGAUGGCGAUAGGUUCCGAAAGGAUUGACCAUCUGGCCGACGUAGGCUGUGGCGUGCGAUACUUUGAAGCUGCAAUAGACGCGAGCGCCUCAAAAGUUGAGGGGAAAACCAUGGCCAACUGGAUCGUCCACGAGUUGUUGGGACUGCUGGCUCAAGCUGGAUUAAGGUUUGUCGACUGUCCAAUAUGCCCAGCAGAGUUCGGCAAGCUCGUCGGAAGCGUAUCAAAGGGCACACUACUCAGACCGAUGGCACGUGAGAUCUUAUGUGAAGCGGUCAAAACUCCGGCAGUCUCACUUGGUGACCACCUCAAAAAACGAUCGACCCCAAAAAUCCAACCGGAUGAUGAAUCGACCGCCCAGAUAUUAGCCCAACAAAUCACCUCGGAGAUGCUGAAAGAGGUCCAGUUGAUUAAGAAUGGGCAUCCGCAGAUCAUCGCCAAGUUGGUCGGAGAAGGCAUGCGGAGGAGCCGGAAAACCGUCGAUCCUCGUCUGCUUCGAAAAGCUUUGGAAAAGUUAUUGCUUGGACCUGUCUCUAUCAAUCCUGGCAAGAAGUAA